AUGUUAAUUAAGUCAGUAUUACUGUGUCUAAUUUUCAUCGUUGCCGAUUCAUCUCUGAAAAAAUGCGAUAGUUGCAUAUCGAUAUGGGAAUGCGAUCCAGCCAUAAACCUAGUUAAAACUGACAAAAGUGAGAAGACUAGAUCUAAAAUCAAAAAUUCGGUUUGCAAAAUCAAUACAGGAAAAGAUUGGCACGUUUGUUGCUCAGACUUCCUUACGGAAAGAAUUGAAGUUGACGAUAUCGACGAAAUAGAAGAACACUAUAAUCGACAUCUUUUGCCAAAUACGUGUGGGGAAAUUCGCGGAACAAAAAUUUUUGGGGGGGUUAGAGCAGGAAACGGCGAGUUUCCUUGGAUGGUGUUAAUUUAUUUCAAGCGGAAUGGUAAAUCGGCGGCUGAAUGCGGGGCGUCCCUUAUUAAUGACCGUUACGUAUUGACAGCUGCGCAUUGCGUAAGACGUCAAGAAAUUUUAGGGGUGCGGGUUGGCGAGUACGACUUAACGAAAAAUCCAGAAUGCGAGUCGAUUAAUAAAAAUCACUGUACAACGCAUAAAGAUUUACCUAUUUCCGACACUAUUAUUCACCCGAAUUUCAAACAGUACCCAAAAAUGAUUAACGAUAUAGCACUCUUGCGUCUGAGGACACCAGCAAAUUUUUCUUGUAUAAACAUAAAACCAAUAUGUUUGCCAUUACCCCAAAACUUGAGAGAGCGAACCCUGGUAGAAGAGGUAGCGACUGUAGCUGGCUGGGGCCUUACAGAAAGGCAGACACCAUCGAAUGUGCUAUUAAAAACAGGCUUAGCGAUACGCAACAAUUCAUAUUGCGAUAUGUUUUACCCAGGAUUUUCCGAGGAAAACAAAAUAUGUGCAGGACACCCUGGAAAUGAUACAUGUCGUGGUGAUUCCGGUGGCCCACUUAAACUGGAGGAUAACUAUUAUGACACGUAUAGAUUUGUACAAUACGGCAUUGUGUCUUAUGGUGGAUUAAGCUGCGGCAGCGAUUUACCAGGUGUAUACACUGACGUUAGACAAUACCUGAAGUGGAUUUUAGACACUAUAAGGCCA